AUGGCGUCGCAGGUGCUGAGCCGGCCGCUAGUUACGGCCAAAUGGCUCUCGGAGGCCGUGCGGGCCGGGCGAGUGGGGGCGAGCCUGCGGAUACUGGAUGCCUCCUGGUACCCCCCGCAGGAGCGAAACGCGCGGCAGGAGUUCAAGGAGAGUCACAUCCCCGGGGCAUCCUUCUUCGACAUCGAGGAGUGCCGGGACCAGUCCUCCCCCUAUGACUUCAUGCUGCCCAGCGAGUCCCACUUCGCUGACUACGUGGGGCGCUUGGGGGUCAGCAAUGACACCCACGUGGUGGUGUACGACGGGGAUGCGCUGGGGACCUUCUACGCCCCCCGCGCCUGGUGGAUGUUCAGGGCCUUUGGGCACAAGGAGGUCUCUGUGUUGAACGGCGGCUUCAAGAACUGGGUGAAGGAGGGCCACCCCGUCACGGCGGAGGUCAGCCAGCCCACCCCAGCUGUCUUUAAGGCCAGGCUGAACAGGGCCUUGCUGAAGACCUUUGAGGAGAUGAUACAGAAUGUGGGGUCCCUGAAGUUCCAGGUGGUGGAUUCCCGCCCUGAGGGCCGGUUCCGGGGUACUGAGCUGGACCAAGGUAAUGGAGUUGGGAGCAGUGCCUACCCUCUGCACCGCAGGCUGGAAUCCGGUCACAUCCCUGGGGCCGUGAACAUACCCUUCCAGUCCUUCCUAACAGAAGCUGGCCACGAGAAGAGCAUUGAGGAGAUCCAGGAAAUAUUCCGUGAGAAGCAGGUGGAUCUCUCCAAGCCGCUGACUGCCACGUGCCGCAAAGGCGUCACUGCCUGCCACGUCGCCUUGGCAGCCUACCUGUGCGGCAAGCGCGAUGUGGCCGUUUACGACGGUUCCUGGUCGGAGUGGUUCCACCGUGCCCCAGCUCGCUACAAGGUCUCCGAGCGGAAGCGCAGCAAAGCCUAGAGGGAAAGUUGCUUCUUGGGCAACGAAAGCUAGCAGCUGUCUCCAGCCCAGGGUACAGGGAAAGGGAGGUGGUGGA